CUAUUGUCUUUUCGUGCAACAUUAUGUCAAGUGGUUUAAAGAGAGUGAAAACGGCACGCUUUAGCGUUUGGGAAGUCGCCGAAGGAGCCAAGCUAGCGAGUGCGACCUUCCCUUCCACCACCAUGGCAACCGAGGCCAAGAAGGUCGAUCCGGUCAAAAAGGUAGACCCUCCAGCCGGUGCCGUAGCAAAGAAAGGUUCAUCCGUCAAAAAGCCGGAACCAAAACCUACUCGACCGUGGACCGAACCGUUACAGCAGGAUUUCGAUCGUAUCUUUUCUGUUGGUGAAGAGUGUAUUUCUGGACCAGAAUUGCAAACUCUCUUGACUGCCAAAGGUCGUGGUUCGGAGUCGACCGGAUUCAACCUCUACGAUGGCUUUGAACCUUCCGGACGCAUGCAUAUUGCCCAAGGGGUGUUUAAGGCAAUGAACGUAAACAAAUGCACGUAUGAGGGCACCAACGCGACCUUUGUCUUUUGGGUCGCCGACUGGUUCGCGUUAAUGAAUGACAAGAUGGGUGGCGAUUUGGAAAAAAUUCGGACGGUAGGACACUACUUGAUUGAAGUCUGGAAGGCAGCAGGUAUGGACCUUUCCAACGUUGUCUUCAAGUGGGCUUCGGAAGAAAUUACGACUCACGCUGACAAGUACUGGCCUACGAUGUUGGACGUUGCCCGAAGAUUCAACGUCACACGCAUUAAAAAAUGCUGUCAAAUUAUGGGGCGCUUGGAAGGAUCCUUAACGGCGGCGCAGAUUCUCUACCCACUCAUGCAGUGCACGGAUGUAUUUUUUCUGAAAGCUGAUAUUUGCCAGCUGGGCGUUGAUCAGCGCAAGGUUAACAUGCUGGCUCGAGAAUACUGUGAUGCGGCUGGGAUUAAGCACAAACCUAUCAUUUUGUCGCAUCAUAUGCUGUACGGUCUCAAAGCUGGUCAAGAGAAAAUGUCCAAAUCUGAUCCCGACUCGGCCGUGUUUAUGGAGGAUUCUGCUGCCGACGUGGAGCGCAAGAUUAUGAAUGCCUACUGUCCAAUCGUUGCGGAAGUUGCGGCUGGAGCUACGGAUGGAGAACCACUGGAUGCUGGCAAAGAGUCGAUGCAUCUCAAGGGUGAUGGAUUGAAGAAUCCUUGCUUAGACUAUAUUGAGAACAUUAUUUUUAGUCCUCCAGGCGCAACCUUCUCGGCUGGAUCAACAACGUUUCAGGAUUAUGGUGCGGUAAGAGAUGCAUUCUUGUCAAAGCAAAUUUCGGAGGACGAGCUGAAGCGGGGAUUGAUAAUCGAGCUGAAUCGACUCCUUGAGCCAGUUCGUUCCCACUUUGAUACCAACGAAAACGCAAAAAACCUGCUGUCAUUGGUACAGCAGUACAAGAAGGAAUCAGCCUCAAGUAUUACGGAAAAAGUGGUACGGCGACUGAACUUGGUCGAGCUCAAAAAGGUUCCUGCCGGAGCCCAUCUCGUCUUUGCUCCAUUGCCAUCCGGCAGCCCGACGUUGCAGAGCGCUAUGGAUGUCUUCACACUACUCCAAGCUGCAGAAGAUCGCCCUUGCGUCUUGCUGCUUUCAGAUUGGACCGCACGGGUUUGCAAUUCGUGCGAUGCUGAUCUUAAAGUCAUCGCAGCCUAUCACUCAGUAUUUGUGGCCUCGCUCAAAGCGCUCAAGCCACGUUUGAUGGAAAAUGUCCAAGUGCUCCUACAGAGCGACGCCAUCCUCGCCGAUCCGUCCAAUUAUUGGAUUAGCGUCAUUAAUGUUGGUCGCCAUUUUAUGCUUGACGAUAUCAUGGGCCCUUCCAUGAAAGAUUCCGAAGGUGUUGGCAGGGUCAUUGGUCGACUGAUGCAAGUCGCUGAUGCGGCCGGUGUAGAGCCCGCGAGUAUCGCCAUGGCAGAUUCCGAAGACACCAAGAUUGAGGGCAACCUCGUGACGGAAUUUUUCGGAAAGAAGCUUCCCUCGUUGUCGGCUCCAUCCGUAUCGUUCCGAACUCUCCCGUCUUUACGCCUACAGCCCGAACGGGAGUCGGAUGCUUUGAGGAACGAAAACGAUGAGUAUUUCUUACUAGACGAUCCCAAGAUCAGCGGCAAAUCGAAAUUGAAAAAGGCCUUUUGCGAGCCCGGCAAUGUUACGUUUUGUCCUCCCAUUGCUUUGGCCGACAUGUUUGCUCUAAAGGGCGCAAAGGGAGUUUUAGAAAUUCAUCGAUCGCCGGAAAACGGUGGCGACCAUAUUUACGAAAGCGUCACGGAGCUGGAGAAGGAUUUCGCGGACGGCUCGCUGCACCCGAGUGAUCUCAAAACGGCUGCGAUUGCCGUCAUGGGAACUGUUAUGGAGGAGCUGGCGGCUGGUCUCAAGGCGGACGGGGACGCCAUCAAGGCUGGCAAAACGCUCAAGGCCUUUCAGAAAAAAGCGGCUAAACAAAAAAAGUAG